AAAAAAUGGACAGCUUCGACUGCUGUAACUGCAAGUUAUCAAUUUGUUUCUGAAGAAACGUGUGAUGAAAAAUGCUGUACCUGAAAAACUGAUGAUUGCAAUGUAAACUUUGUAAUAAAUGACUCAAACCAAAAGGUCUUUACUACAUGUAUGCGCUUCACGCUAUAGCUAGGAAAUUUCUACUCGUGAAAAUACAGCGUCAUGAAAACAAAUGGACAGAGAAACGAGGAAUGUGUUUAAUUGGAAUUUAACGAACCCUGGAACUUCUCCGUGUGCGGAUAUCGUUAUCAUGUCGUCUGUGCAUUACUGUGGCGAUCCAAAAGACAAAUUAUCUGAGAGAUUUUACGCUUUUCCGUAGUCGGCGAGAUAUUCGUCCAUUUUCACCGAACUUCUCCGGGGCUCGGGAAGUGAUUUUUCUUCCGCAACAGACGGACAUCAGACAUCUGCUUCACAGCUGUUUCAUCCAUUAGAGAAGCCAGUCACGUGUGGAUCUAUCGUCUGCUUCUGUGAAUGUUCACUCACGCUGAAACAAUGAUCUGUCAUAAUUAAUUUUCGAUUGGAAAUUUAUCUCCCGAUUUGUUAUGCUUUUAUCGUAAUUAUGCCUUCAUCUUGAUCCUAACGCCCUUUGUAUCAGGGGGAUUCAGACCUCACCAAGUUCAUAUUGGUAAUGCUCUCUGACAAUGGGAAUCCUAUGAUACAUACACUACCUUUACUUAGAUUGGUUAUACACCAGUGAAUGUACAUAUAUUUUGUUUACCCUGGAAUAUCCUAAUCCAAGGCACCGAAAAGACGGAUCUCCAGCAUAAAUAUAUACAGUGAUAUAUAGAGAACACUGAUCAACAACAAAGACCAACGGACGACGAGCAUAUGAAGACUAGAGAGUAAAACAAGCAGUUCCGGUAAAAAGAUGGAGAUGCUACGCGAGAUUCUCGUUAUGUGUACAGUAUUUGCCGUGAUGACCUCCGCGGAACAAUGCGUCAUCAAAGGUCAAGUGAACACGAGGCUGCCGUGGUACGGAUACAUGCUACAGAAAACAUUUCAGGGAAAGGACGCUAAAGUGGAGUAUCAGAUCACCUAUCCGGAAAAGGAAUGCUGUGCUAAUCUGUUGAUUUAUUAUGACGACCAGAUUUCUCAGCUGACCGACUCCAUGACGUGCCAGGAACGUGUGGACGUACUUCCAAAGCAUAAUUAUCAGGUCAUCCCGUUGUCCACUCGGAAUGCUACUAAAGGCUGCAUUGUCUACCCUGACAGCGAGGGGACGAAUUUGUAUGUCUGCACGGGUGACCGGACUUUCAAAUCCGACGGUCCCCGCACGUGGUAUUUCGCUAUUAGUAGAUGUGGUGCCUCGUCAAGUACAAGGAUGCUGAAUAUGAAUUAUUAUUUCAAUGUGACCGGAUAUUACGGGAAAUGUGAAGCAGAUCCGCUUUCUAAAACGAUUUACCCGGAAAUCAUUAAAAGUGAUCCGGAUGUCGUGGUUGUAGUCAUUCUGGGAGUGUUGUGUGGAAUUUCUACCAUCGCCGCCAUUGUUUUUGGAGUAUUGUUCUUUUUCGGUAGAAUCAGGCGAAAGAACAAGAAGAAGAAAGGUGGAUCAGUGACGUCAUCUCAAGCAACGAUGACACAAGAUAUUUUUUACGUUAACCCUUCGUUGUCCGACAGAGAACAUUCGGACUCUCAAUAUAGUCAUAGUCAAUCUAGCGGAUCAGAGAACUAUUAUGAGGUGAUUCCGGACAGACGCAGCUACGAGAGUAUCAAUACUCAGCUUGUCAUGCAUGGACAUAACGUACGAGGAGUUUCGAUGAACCCUAAUCAUCUCCGAGAACACAGAACGCCCAACAUUCCACCGUAUAUCCUCGAGAAUUACCCACCUCCCCCAUAUCAACCACCAACAGGACAGCAAAAUGGUGGUCUGCACCAUCGAUCUCACGCAGUUGGACAUCAUGGCAAUAACAAUGGCAGUCAGCCACUUUCACAGCAGACUCCAAACGGAAAUAUUCCGAAUGGGCGUCCAAUGCAAAUGCAUCCUUCUGGACAUCCUCCACCUUCUUCGAAUAUCAUCCAUCAGCAGCAUCAUUCCAUGUCCGGACUGCAAACCGGAGAAAAUUCGGAACCGACGUCAAACAGUCAUCCGGUACACAUCAGCGGGAACCGUUCCGGAAGUGCUCCCGUUCACUUUGAUAAUGUUGGUGCGAUUGCUCGACCCACUCCUAUUUAUCCCAGUCCUAAUGGGAUUCUAUUCGGAACGCAUCCAUCUCGAUCAUCUCAACCCACCUCUCCAUCUUCUCAUGGAGUACCAAACGGAAACAUUCCGAAUGGACAUCUUAAUAAUAAUAACAUUAUUCACAAAAAUCAAGCUUUCAAAAGACAGCUUUCUGCUGGUCCAAAACUAAAUAGUGUUCCGAACGGCCAGCCUUUACAGCUUCAAACAUACCAAGGUCACGAUAAGACUUUGGGUGAAACACAGACUCUGAACGGAAGAACUCAACUUCCGAAUGGAAAUAUUCCAAACGGUCGCACGAAUGUUCCGAAUGGAAAUGUUGCCAAACUUUUGCACGACGCUUAUAGAAUUCAGCAGUUUGAGACGACGGCCUGACUAGCCGACAGCAAACAGACGUGGAAUGAGAUAGCUGUGUAAUGAAAAGCGUGCAAUUGACAAAGCAAAAUAAAAAGCGUGCGAAUGACAAAGCAAAAUGAAAGGUGCGCAACUGACAAAGUCUCACAGAAACGAUCCUCUUGAUCGAAAUAAUACACCUCAUUUUACUUUCUGUAAUUAUGUUCUGGAGGGAGGAUUUGGACCGUCAGAAACAUGCUAAAGGUCUGGACAAGUGCAUUACAACUCUUGAAGGAAAAUGCGUUUCAGACGGUGCUAAAACUGGGGAAUUCAGUUGUGAUCGAUUCCACAGAGAUCGUAAUUAGGAACGUAAAUUUGACAUCAGCAAUAAAUUGCUUCGAAGAAAAAUGCAGUUUAAAACUGUAAUUAUUAGCAGAAACUAACAACUGUGUUACAUUCACCAUGUUCAUGUAAUUUAUAGUCAGUUCUUAUAUACUUGUUAUAGUGCUAUUACUAUUUCUUUUUAUCCCACGUCUAUAGAGAUAUGAUGGAAAACGUUUACAAUUAACACAUUUAUGAGUGAUGUUUUCUAUAGAACGAACUCAUGUUUCGUUGAUGUCACCCAUGUUUCUAUGAUCAUGGCUACAAGCAAUAUGUAUAUAGUCUCCAAAGACAGUGUUCUUUGGUGACAUUGAAGACAUUGGUGUAAACUACAUGUAGCUAUUAUACUGUUUUGGGGAGAAGAGAGAAAAGAACUGUUGCCAAAUUAUAGUCCAUGGACAAUGAUUUUUUUUAUUUAUGUUCCAUUCAAUUCAAAUGUUGGAAAAUUAGUCCAACAAAUAUUAAUCUGUACUAAAUAUACAGAUACAUGUAAUACAUGUUCGUACAACGUUGUCUUCCAAACUGCUAUUUCCACAUUCAUAUCCCAGAUUGGCAUAAAAUGGGGUAGGGGGGUUACAGUGUAAAUGACUAGAUAUACACUUGCUCUGUUAGUGUAUUCAGUAUUCAGAUGUCUUGUGAUUUUGAUGACACCAAUAUACAUGUAUGUUAUCAGGAAAUCUCUUUAGUUUAAAAAUAUAUUUAUUCAUAGAAAUGGAUUGAACAGCAGGCAUAAAAAAUGCCUAUGAUUGUUCUCUCCAUAAAUCUCUUUUCACUAGAUCUUGUGUCAUGUCUUCCAUAUGAAAUAAUGAAAACCUCUGAUUAGAAAUUUUUGGACAUUUUUACAAUAUUUAUAUUAAAACGAACGAAAAAUUAACCGAGCAUUGUAAGUAAUUUUUUAUGAUUAUGUGUGUAUGUGAUUGUCAUUUGGGGGUGGAGUGGGGUUGUUGACUAAUCAAAUAAGCUGCUUUCAUACAUAACUGCAGAAGCCUACAGUUUUUUUGUCGAUAUUUUUCUCAUUAAUUGAAAAAAACAUUACAGAAUUGUAAAAUUGUGUCAGUUUGGUCCACAUUCCUAUGUUCACAUCAUUUUAAAAAUUAAUUUUGUAUACGAAUGCAUUGUAUGUAACCUUCCAAGAUAAAAUUGCAAUCGUACAUGCACAUGCACAACAACAUUCAUUGAACGUCUUUUUCCAUUGUUCUGGUACAUGACAAUCUGCAAUAAAAAUAGACUCAUUAUGCAAACAUUCCCUGAAUAUAAAAUAAAUCAACUGAUCAAAACCAUCAACAGAUAUUUUAAUAACGUUGACAACUUGUUUUUCAGUAAACCAUAAGUUGUUAUCUUUUCUUGUUUUUGUAAUUCUCCGCCGGGGGCGCGAUAGAUACAAUGAUAAAUGUACAUCCGCUCUGACAUAUUUUAUGUGUUUGAAUGUCCCUUUGGUAGUUUUACAAAUGUCUUUGUAUUAUUAUUGAUUAUUAUAACCUAAUGAUAUUCAAUAAUAAAAAUUUACAUAAUAAGAAA